AAAGAAAGAAAAAAUUCGGAACUAAAUUAUAUUCACUACUUCUCCCACAAUGCUCUUCCAGGAUCUUCCAGCCGAACUCCUCCAAAAAAUCUUGGUUCAAGCAAUCCUCGCCCGUGGAGUUAAGAGAGGUCUAAGACUAAGACUUGUAUGCAAGUUAUUCUCGCACAAGAUCCAGCCUGCACUCUUUGAGUCGCGACUUCUAGACGACUUCUACGUAGAGGCCGUUGCGCCGAACUGGUAUAUCCAGAACAACCAUGGCGCCAGUGCGUUCUUUCACUCCUAUCUUGUAUACAGAGUCCAGAACGAGACUAGCCCUCACCAGCGUCGCUUUCUCAACAUCUACCAAGUCUCGGAGCGUGUAUGUGAAGAAAGCAGCGCCAACGCCAACCUAGUGACUACGAUAGAGACGCUCUGCUGGCCUGCGUUGCACGAAGCAAUGAAACCUUCUACAAAUACCAAAAUAGAGAAGGACCCGUUAAGUCCAGGACUGGACCUCCUAUGUGCUGCAGCAUAUCUAAAUCUUAUCCCUCUCGCUAAGAGAUUGCUCCAAGAAGGCCAUCGACCCACGUGUGAGAGCCACCUUUUCUCCUCGCCCAUGCGACUUGCUGCGUGGGCAGGGAACGCUGAUAUGAUGAAAUUAUUCCAAGAGAACUUGCCUGAGUAUGAUGAGAAAGGGCUACGAGAUUCGCUGAUGGGAGUUGCAAUUCGGGGAGAUAUAAAGCUGGCCCGUCUUGCUACAUAUCCUCCCUCGCGCGCUACGCCAGAUAGUACUGAUAUUGCCGGCCAGCAAUUUGGAAAUAUGGAUCGCCAGGAGAGUGCGGGCAAUGCGCUGAGCUGUGCCCAAUGGUCUACGAGGGAUAUUGAGGUGUACCAGUACUUCGAGAGUUUCUUCGCAAAGCCCGACGAGCUAAAUUUUAAUCUAACGAAACAUGCUCGGCUAGGCAAUCUCGAAAUGACGCGGUAUCUCCUCGAUGAAGGCGCAGAUAUUAGGGGUACGAUGGGUCGUUGGGGGAAUCCUCUAUGUUGCGCGUGUCGUGGAUGCCAUGAAGAUAUCGUCGGCCUCCUGCUUGAGAGAGGGGCCAACCCGAAUUACGGCGGCGAUGAGGAAAGAGUACAGGGUAGGAACCCGAUUGUUACCGCAGCAAAAGCAGGUAGCCUGGCUAUUGUUCGUAAGCUCAUUGAUCAUGGUGUCGACUUGAGCCUCCCCAGGCAAGGCUACUCGGCGCUGAGAGCGGCGGUGCUCCUCGAGCAUACGGCUAUGGUGAAGUUGUUACUGGAGCGAGGUGUUGGUUUAGAAAAGAAGGAACGAUUAUUAGAAUUAGCAAGGUCUAAGGGCCUUGAUUCGAUGAUUGAGGUGCUACAGGAAGAGGGGACAUAGUGUAAAAGUAUAACCUUAAGGAGACGAUCGAAGAGAAAGAAGGGAAGAGGCUUUCGAGGAUUAUAAAACGGGAAAUAGAAGUCGAUAAGGCAGGGGCAUCUCAAUGCAAAGACACUUUUAAAUUGCUGUACUACAGUCGGUCCGACCCAAACACGACAAAAAAAAAUAAAAAC